CCAAACUUGUCUCCUCGCUGCGGACUUACCUGCUGUCCUGACAGGAGUAUUGGAGCCAUCAGUCAAGAUGGCUGACAAACUUGACAUGUCGGAAAUUGAAAAAUUUGACAGAUCAAAACUGAAAAAAACAAUUACUGAAGAAAAGAAUACACUUCCAUCGAAGGAAACUAUUCAGCAGGAGAGAGAUGCUAUUAAAAGAUCAUAA